CGGACUCUGGGCCUCCCCCUGAAAAAUAACCAACACGUUCGAGUCGCAUAGCAGGGACGACUUUUGUAUCCCCUCGCUCGAAUCACCCGCCCCCUGACACCGAUCCUCCGACGUCUUCCUGAUGGCACCGAUGCUGCUCUCUUCCCCUUCUUCCAUGAACUUCUUGCACAGCCGCCGAACUCUGUCUGGGCAAAUGUACCGCCAAAUGAAAAAAAAAAACGUCGCAAGCACCGAAAAUAAUUUCGAGCGAGCAAGCGCGCAUUCCCACAUUUCUGGGAAUCGCCGGGCACGACUUCGCAAGUGCGCGAUCAUCAGUGGACGUGAGUUGCCCGGCUGCGGAGGGGGGAUGUUCGCUUCGAGAUCGAAUUCCAACUGGCGAAAACGCGGAGGCGCGGAAAAGCAAAUCCAGCAAAAGCAGAGAAAAACUCAAAAAUUCGGGGACAGCGUCGAAAAAAAAACACAACACCCAAAAGAGGGGGCGGGGCGCAGACCUGAGCAGGCGCAGUCAAGCAAGGAGAAGAAAAAAAAAAAAAAGAAAAGAGCACCACAUGUGUAUAGAGACCACAUUGUCACAGGUCAACUCGAAACAGCGACACGAUCUUUAGCAACUCCCAAUGUCUCUUUCCAACGAGUCUAGUCGUAUCCUGCCAGCUCUGGAUGACAUAUUUCAGGGGAAAUGCGUCUUGCACGACCAGCUUCCAGAGUGCGAAGAAACCUUUAAGCUGAUGCUGGAAGAAUCUUUGCUUCACUGGACACAAAACAAGGUAAGAGGCGUGUGGCUGACCAUUCCCUCCGAGAAGGCCAGCUUCAUACCCAUCGCGAUUGAGAACAAAUUUGUGUUUCACCACGCGAAGCCCCAUUACGUGACUCUGACUCGGUGGCUGCCUCAAGACGAGCAGAACAAACUCCCGAACUACGCGUUCACCCACGUGGGCGUCGGCGGUUUCGUCCUCAACGAGAAGAACGAGCUACUCGUCGUCCGCGAAAAGUACGCGCACCAGACUGCCAGUUGGAAGAUCCCAGGGGGCCUAGUGGAGGCGGGAGAGAGCCUGAUUGAAGCGGCCAUCCGCGAGGUGCUCGAAGAGACGAACAUACAGACAUGCUUCAUCAGCAUCAUUGGGUUUCGGCACUGCGGCCGGGACAAAUCCGGGGACGCCGACCUCUACUUCGUCGUCCGCCUCAAGCCGACCUCCUCGUCCAUCACCAUGGACUCCAGCGAGCUCGCAGAUGCCGCGUGGAUGCCCCUGAGUGAGUAUCUGACUCACCCGUUAGUGCGCCCGUUCAGCAGAGAAAUAGCCAAAAUCUCCGCGCAGAGGGUCGCGAACGGCGACCUCGGAUCGGAGCUGAGACUGGCCGAGUUCGAAGACUGGCCGAGAGACAGUGACGAUGCGCAGAUCUAUUUAAAUCACUUUUAAUUUUACGAAAAAAAAAA